UUCCGCCAUUUGACGCUCGACAAAGUUCGGACUUUCUCGGGGAAACAGAGGUUUACAGACCUAAAGUCCGGCGUUCGUUGCCGGUAAACUCAUCGGGACGCCCCGCGGAGGGACAUUGGAGAGUACUUCACAAGUUAAUGCUGAACUUAAAGCUUUCGGUCGAUGCUUCGCUCAGGAUGACUUUGAACUUCUUUUAAGAGCGGAACACGUCGAGAAAAUUCCCUGGAGGGGGAAGUUUGUUAUUGUCAUCCUUCACCUGCGGAGCCUCCAUCACGUUUCUUAUCAUCAAGGUUUCUGCUGAAUCAUGGCCAGUGCUCUGAGGAUGAGCGAAGCUUCCUUCAUCAACUACGACAACGAGCUGCAGCUCAACCUGAUGCCUUAUGACUACAUUCCCCCAGUGGACAUAAAGACUGAACCCUACAUACCUGAGACAGUUCACGGUCCGUACAUCCAGAUCAUCGAAGAGCCCAAACAGAGGGGCUUUCGUUUCCGCUAUGAGUGUGAGGGUCCGUCACACGGCGGGCUGCCAGGGGCCUCUAGCGAGAAAAACAGAAGGACCUACCCGACAGUGAAGAUUAACAACUAUGUGGGUCAGGCCCGGGUGGAGGUGCAGCUCGUCACCCACACCGACCCCCCGCGAGUCCACGCCCACAGCCUGGUGGGGCGCAACUGCACCGAGAGCGGCACCUGUGUGCUGGACGUCGGCCCCAACGACCUCACUGCCUCGUUCAGUAAUUUGGGGAUCCUCCAUGUGACCAAGAAGGGCGUGGUCGAUGUUCUGACCCGAAGACUGAGGGAGGAAAGGAGGAGACAAACCGGAGGACACUGUCACCUGACAGAUGCUGAAGAGGCCUCCAUCCAGAAGGAGGUGAAGGAGCUGAGUAAGAGCAUGGACCUGAACAUUGUGCGGCUCAAGUUCACUGCCUACCUGCAGGACAGCAACGGAGGCUUCACACGCGCGCUCAAACCUGUGGUGUCCAACCCCAUUUAUGAUAGCAAGUCGCCCAAUGCCUCCAACCUGAAGAUCUCCAGGAUGGAUAAGACUUGUGGCUCUGUACUCGGAGGAGAUGAGAUCUUCCUGCUGUGUGAUAAAGUGCAGAAAGAUGACAUUGAGAUCCGCUUCUAUGAGGAGGACGAUGAGGGCGGCUGGGAGGCGUUCGGGGACUUCUCCCCCACCGACGUUCACAAACAGUAUGCCAUUGUGUUCAAGACGCCGCCGUAUCACAGCACUGAGAUCCAGCGGUCUGUCACCGUCUUCCUGCAGCUCCGGAGGAAGAAAGCCGGGGACAGCAGUGACCCCAAACAGUUUACCUACAUACCACAAGUCCAAGACAAAGAAGAGGUUCUGAGGAAGAAGCAGAAGCCACUGCCUCACUAUGAGUCCUGGAGAGGAGGGGGAAGAGGGGGAGGCGCUGGGGGAUUUGGGGGAGGAGCCAGUGGAGGAGCUGGAGGAUUUCAAUUCCACCAGCAGAUGAACGGAGGAGGAGGCGGAACUUUUUACUCAGAAGGGUUCACAGGCUUUACUGGAGCAGCUCAGAUGUCAGGCUCCGCCCCCCAGCAGAGCGACAGACCAGCAGGCUCACCACUGCAGCAACAGCUGCUACAAAUUGCUGCCACGCUCAACAACCGUGUGUCUCAAAGCGCCCGGCAGACCGCCGCUGCCCUGCUGCAGUACUGCCGCACUGGGGACACUCGCGCUCUUCUCGCCAUCCAGACACACCUGUGCAGCGUCCAGGACACCAAUGGAGACACGCCGCUGCACCUGUCCAUCAUCCACCUGCAGACAGGUGUGACACAGCAGCUCAUCCACACUCUGCUCAGCAGCCGGCAGCAGCGGAUCCUGAACACCACCAAUCACCUCCAGCAGACUCCCCUUCACCUGGCGGUGAUCACCCGUCAACCAAAGGUGGUGGAGGCGCUGCUGAGGGCGGGGGCUGACCCCACCCUUCCAGACAAAGACGGUCGGAGCCCUCUCCACCUGGCAGCACUGGCAGGCGACAGCUCAUUGCUCCGCCUCCUGCUGUCUCACAUGGGAGAACGCCACAGCCACCUGGUGAACACGCCUGACUACCAUGGUCUUCAGCCGCUGCACCUCGCUGUGAGGAGGGACGGCGAGCGCUGCCUGCGUCUGCUGAUUGAGGGCGGAGCUAAAAUUAAUGCCCCAGAGCAGAAGAGUGGGAACACGGCACUCCACCUGGCUGUGAGAGAAAACCUGUUCAAGGUUGCCUGCACGCUUAUCACAGAGCUAAAGGCGGACACCAAUGCCUGCACGUUUGGAGGAAACACGCCGCUGCACCUGGCCGCCAGCCUGGGCUCCCCCACGCUCUGCUCUAUGCUGAUCGCAGCAGGCGCAGACAAGAACAUCCAGAACGACGAGCCACUCUCCUGCAGCUCCUCGUCAGAUGAAGAAGUGGACGAGAGCGAACUAACCAGGGAGGAGCUCGCGGAACGAGCCGCUUCUCAGCCAAUCAACACUCGCAAGAGACGGGCAGGACACACCCCUCUGGACCUCGCCACUUGCCACAAGGUGAGGAACCUGCUGCAAAGCGGCCAGAGUCCCACAGCAAGUCGCCACAGCAACAAGAAGAUCAAAGCCAACAGCGGUGAAGGCGCCGAGGGGUCGGGGCUGAACGAGGACACGCUGGCCCAGCUGGUGGAGGUGCUGAGCGUCAGCGACAUUCCCUGGAUAAAGCUGGCGGAGAAGCUGGGCAUGAUGACCCUGACUCACCUGUACCAGGAUAGCCCCACCCCCUGCCACCACCUGCUGCAGCACUACAAGCUGGGUGGGGGCGCCGUGGACGAUUUGGUAAAAGCUCUUCAGUCUCUCGGUCUGACAGAAGGAAUCCGCCUGCUGAGGAACGCAGAGCUGCAGGAGGAUAAGCACAGCACAGACGCCACUGUUGACAGCGGCUUCAGCAGCCAGCCAAUGGAGGAGGAGGAGCAACAGCCUGCAGCCAAUCACUGAUGCAGCAAACAGUCCCACUGUCCUUCCUUUGUCAGGAGGGGGCGGGAGCUGCAUUUCAGACCCACAGAAACUUUGGCUUCUGCUGCCUUUAAAGUCUGGGUAAAAGAAGAACUUGUCCAUAUUUUCCAGACAAAUUGUCAAACAGAACGAGGAUUUCAACAUUUAACUCUUGUUUUCACUAAUUUAUAUCACAGGUUUUCUCUUUUCUGUAUUUAAUGUUUUUCUGUUGUGUUACCGAGAAGUUUGGAGAUUAGCGAUCUGCCGCUUCGCUCUGGAAACUGGAAUUACCCGUUUUCUGUCGGGUUUUAAAUGCAUCUGCAGUCAUAGACGUUAUCGAAGAGAAACAGUUUUAUGUAAAAAAAAAUAAAGUGAAAUCUUCAUUCUCCAACGA